AUGUCUCUUCCGUCGCAUUACACCCUCAACACCGGGGCCGAAAUCCCCUCCGUGGGCUUUGGUACCUGGCAAGCCAAACAUCUCGAGGUCGAGAAUGCCGUCGAGGUGGCCCUCAAAGAGGGAUAUCGCCAUAUCGACUGUGCCGCCAUAUAUCGCAACGAGACCGAAGUCGGCAAUGGCAUUCGCAAGUCCGGCGUGUCCCGGGACGCCAUCUUCAUCACCGGCAAGCUGUGGAAUACCAAGCACGCCCCGGAAGAUGUGGAACCGGCGCUGGACAUAACUUUGAACGAUCUGGGCGUUGAGUACCUGGACCUCUACCUCAUGCACUGGCCGUGCGCGUUUAAAGGCGGAGACAAGUGGUUCCCUCUCAACGACGACGGUGUGUUCGACCUGGCCGAUAUCGACUGCAUCACCACAUACCGAGCCAUGGAGAAGUUGCUGGCAACAGGCAAGGUACGCGCCAUUGGGGUGCCUAACUUCAACAUCCGACGAUUGGAGGAGCUGCUGGGCCAAGUCUCGGUCGUUCCCGCCGUCAACCAGAUCGAAGCCCAUCCCUACCUGCAACAACCGGAUCUCCUGCAUUUCUGCCAGAGUCGAGGCAUCCUCGUAGAAGCAUAUUCCCCGCUAGGCAACAACCAGACUGGCGAGCCCCGCACGGUCGAUGACCCUCUUGUGCACCGUGUGGCAGGCGAGCUCAGCCUCGAUCCAGGUCCUCUGCUGGCCAGCUGGGGCGUGCAGCGCGGCACGGUCGUCCUAUCCAAGAACGUCACGCCUUUGCGUAUUGCAGCAAACCUGCAGGUCCGUCAGUUACCAGAGGAGGCGUUUGCCCAAUUAAACUCCCUGGAGCGCCACAAGCGCUUCAAUUUCCCGGGACAUUGGGGGUAUGACAUCUUCGAGGAAGUCGGCGAAGAGACCGUGCGCCAGACUGCAGUGGCUGCGGUACCAACAAACAAGGUUAAGUUUACCGUUUAG